GUUUCAACGUAGGACUUCGGCAACGACGCACGUAACAUAACCUUUAGAAGAAGUUGUGUAGUACAGUAUUGCAAGCGCUCUAACUUGACAAUCACCCGAAAUUCAUAUGCUAGAAAAUUUUCGCAAAUCAUAAGAUAAAAAAGAUCAUUUAUCCACAAUGAAAUUGAUAGUGUUAAUAUGCGCUAUUCUAUUAGCUAAAUGCGGCCUGACGUAUUCUCAGGGUCAAAGAGUUGCACCAGGAGUACCGCCCCAACAUUAUCAACAGCCUCCUCAACCGCAUCAAGUUCAUCAACAGCAACAAGUUCAUCAACAGCAACAAAUGCACCACCAAGUUCAUCAACAGCCUCCAGUUCAUCAGCAACAACAACAACAGCAACAGUUUCAGCAAGUACCUGUACAACAAGUCCCAGUACCACACCAACCUCCAAUGCAACAUGCCCCACAGCAACAACAGGCGGCACAUGGACAUGGUCAUCAUCACGGGGCACCACAGCCAGGACAAAUUCUCAAUGCUGCUAACAUUGAACAUGAGAAAGCUCACAUAGCAGAGCACUUAGACAUACCAAUGGAUACCAGUAAAAUGACUGACCAGGAAUUACAGUUUCAUUAUUUCAAGAUGCACGAUGCUGACAACAACAACAAAUUGGAUGGCUGCGAACUUAUAAAAUCACUUAUCCAUUGGCACGAAGAAGAUUCAGAUUUGAAGCGGGAGGCCUACACCGACUCUGAACUGUCAAAUUUGGUCGAAUCAGUUUUGGCUGCAAAUGAUGUUAACAAAGAUGGAUAUAUCACAUGGGCUGAGUAUUAUGCCACAUACAUCUAAACAAUUACGGUCACAUUCCAUGUAAAUAAUAAAAAUUAAAAUCUUUAUAUUUAUGAACAAAUAAUGAGUGUAACAAAUUUGAAAUUAUUUUCUUGGAAUUUACACACUCAGCGUAACACAGUCCAAAAGUACAUUUUAGAACAUAGCUGGAUUAGCAGAGAUCACGAUUCAGGAAUCAAAAGUGCUUGGUGAUUAUAAAACGGUGCUCAAAGUACUGAAUAUGUACUUCCUAGAACCUGAGGCUAAAUUUAGAAAUGAAAAAAAUAAUCGAAAACUCUGUUAUUUAGCAUUCUACCAUCAGCAUAUGCAUAUAGAACAGGUAAUUAGUAUUUCUCUGUCAAUCAAUACUGCAAUUUCACACCUGUACAUAAGUAUAGUAGUAGCCUAACAAAAGUUGAACGCAACAAUCUGUAUGUUAUUUUAUGGGAUUGCUUGACCCUACCGUACGAAAUAUCUCAAUACACGAAAUUAUUCAAUCAUGUUGAAUUUUGAGUAAGCUAGUCUCAUUUUUUAAUAAUUUGCUAAUUUAUGAAGAUCUUUUUCUGAUAUACUCUCUGCAAAUAUACCGAUGCUCGAGCUAAGUUAUCAAUAUUAUUUUAAUCUACUUUGUAAACUUGGGAUAUGAUAAAUUAUAAUUGUCACAACUGUUAAAGAUAGACAUGAUUUCGGAUUGCUAAUAUAUGUGUACGGUAGAUUGUAAAACUAACUUCAUGAAGUCAAAAUACUGCCAGCUGAAUGUGUAAAGCAUGAUGCAGAAUAAUUAAACUUAGAUUGUUGGAUAGAUAUGAACAAAAUGAAUACCGUAUUGUUGAUCUGCAUGAUUUUCUAUCAACUUGUUUACUACGUGCGGAAAAAAAUUGUAAAUAAGAAUACAUAUGGAUAAAAUAUCUUGAAACAAGUACUAUUUUAUGAUUUGGGUUGUGCAAAUUUUAUGACGAAUAUAAUACUUUAAAACAGAUGAAGAUUUUAUGAGUGGGUGAAUUGUUUUUGUGUGUUUUGAUGCAUUUAUAUACAUAAGUAUAUUUAAAAAUAAAAAUAACAAAGACUAAAAUAGCUAGUGUACUACUCUAUACUAUGUAACACUUGAUACGUUACAGACAAGCUACUGAUCGAUUGACCAAAACCGUAAUUGCUCAAAUGAAAUGGCAAUUUGAAAUUGGAACGUAUCAAGUAAAUAUUCUAUUUUAUAUAAAAAUAUAAAUCCUUGUUAUUUUUAAAGUUAAA